AUGGAUCCUAAUGUAGAACCAUGGAUUUAUCCAUUGUAUUAUCCGUAUGGUAAUCAAGGAUCACCGCGUAAUAUGUUGCAACAUUAUCAAGAUGCGAUGGCUAUUGUUAGAAAAUAUGGAAAACCGGAUCUUUUUAUUACCAUGACUUGUAAUCCAAAUUGGCGUGAAAUUAGAGAAAAUCUACUUCCAAAUCCUGCAGAUAGAUCAGAUAUAUGUGCUCAAUUUCAAAAACGUGGAUUGCCACACAUACAUUUGUUGGUUACUUUGAAACAAAAUUAUAAGAUAUUGAAUCCUGAAGCAGUUGAUAAAUUUAUUUCAGCAGAAAUUCCGAAUCCUGAUAAAAAUGCAAAUUUACACAAUGUUGUAAUGAAACAUAUGAUUCAUGGGCCAUGUGGAGAUUGGUGUUUGAUAAAUAAUAAAUGUUCGAAACAUUUUCCAAAACAGUUUCAAUCUGAAACGAUCAUGGAUGAAGAUGGUUAUCCACAAUAUUGUCGACGAAAUGAUGAAUUAUUUUACGAAAGACCUGGACGAUAUAUUGUUAAUAAUCGAUAUGUCGUUCCGUAUAAUCCAACGCUUUUACUUUUAUUUAAUAGUCAUAUUAAUGUGGAAAUAGUUUCGAGUCACGACGCUGCAUCUGUAAUUAUUGGAGAAAAUAUAGAUAAAACGAUAAUUCAUGAUGAAAUUCGAGAUUUUAUCGAAGCUCGUUAUGUGGGACCUGUGGAAGCAUGUUGGCGUAUUUUAAGAAAACCUUUACAAGAAAAGAGUCACGCUAUUUUUCGUUUACCGGUACAUUUGCCAAAUGAACAUAGUGUAAUCAUUGAUGAAAAUAUAAAUAAUGAUGCGAUAAGAUCGGCUGUAGAACGAAUGACAAUGCUGUUGGAUUAUUUUGAAUUAAAUACUCGAGAUGACGAAGCGAAACAAUAUUUAUAUA